AUGAAUCAACUUAUGGUCUUUACUAGUGUUGACGUCAACACCACAUCUGGUUUAGUAAUAGGACAGACCGUACGUGUAUUGGAUGCGAGUGUCGACCAGUUUUUAGGCAUACCGUACGCCGAGCCCCCCAUCGGUGCCCUCAGGGUAUCAUCGAUGGGACAAAACCGGGCAAAUCCUGACCACAAAGAGGGCCGUUAUUUACGCCAAACACAUAUAUUCAAAGUGAAGACUUCAAGCGUAGCGUUUGUCGCCGCGAACUAUGGAUUAGGACAUUUGGGUUCCCUAUACGGGGAUCGGGAGGAUGCGCCCGGAAAUGUCGGACUCUAUGACCAGUUAAUGGCUCUCAAAUGGGUCAGAGAAAAGGCUGAACAGUUGGGCGGAGAUAGGGAUCAGAUCACUAUAUUUGGCGGCAGUGCCGGGAGUUGGUCAGCGUCCGCACACCUACUUUCCCCGCUAUCUAAAGGCUUAUUCAAGAGGGCUAUUAUGCAAAGCAGUGCCCAUAUGUAUAGUAAGGACAGGGAUGUCGUCAGUAAAGACGAGUCAAUACUUUCAGGCAAACGGAUAGCAAAAGAGCAGAAUUGCAGCGAAAGUGAGGAUUGGUUGCAAAGUAGACGUCGAUAUAAUGGCCGGUAUGCCAGCUCUGAGGGCUCAAUGUUAGCACAGGAUUACGUUAAAAAUAUGUUGACUUUAAAUAAUUUUAUUGAGUCAACAAAAACAUCGGACAGUGUUUACCACGGAUUGGAUGUGAAACGUGUGGACGACUAUUAUCUACAAAAUGUUCACAAAAACAGUUCACUUGAGCUCAAGAAAGCGUUUUAUAAAUUGUUUGGCGAUUUAGUGAUGAGAUGUCCGACAUAUCUGUUUGUCAGGCAAACUGCCCUAAAUGGUCAACCUGGUCAUAAUGUAUAUUUCUACCAGAUCACUUAUCAAAACAAAUACAUUGCUCAUGCAUUGGCGGCGAUAAGGAGGCCAUUAACUGGUCAUAGAGUCCGACAUUUCCGGGCGCAUCCUCCCGAUCCCCGUAUAGGGAACCCAAAUGUCCUAAUCUAUAGUUCGCGGCGACAAACGCUACGCCUGACUGGCCAGCGGUCCGCCAUUAAACUUGUCAAUAGAUCCAGUGCUCAGACCUCUGCCGUGUAUCCAAAACAUAACGGUGGGCUCCGGUUUAGCAAACCUGAGGGCACCGAUAGGGGGCUCGGCGUA